AUGGCACCCUCACAAUACGAAUCUAUCUCCAAGGAUGAUCUCUUUGCUGCCCUGGCGUCCAUGGGCGUCAAACUGCCAACCUCGUCCAAAAUAUCCCUGGAGGACCUCACAAAACGUCUGCUCGCCUCUUUAGACUCUUCUCAAGAACUGACGGACCUCUUUCCCGGCGUCAAGUCAGGCGAGGAGCGUCUGAACCCCACCACCUUCGAACCCUGGACCGACAACGCGAACCUCAUUCUCGAAACGCAUCGGUCGAGUUUGAAACAGGGGUUGCACAACUUGAUGUCUAGGGGUAUCAAGAAGGACCCAUCGAAGGAGAAAGAGCAGACAUUCCAGGAGAUCCAGCAAAUCCUACUUGCGUUUGCCAGGGAAUGGGGGGAGGGGAGACGGACGUUUAUGCUGAUGGACGAGGAUCAAGAAUGGGGAGUCCUAAUCCAGAUUCUCGCUGUCCUCAAAGUCAACUCCCACACACCCCUCUACAUGCUCUCCUUCCGCACAAUCUUUGCGAUCCCCAACAAAUCUCUCCAACGCCAAAUGGAGGAUAUCCUCCCACCCUCGGUCACCUACGCCAUCUCCGUCCGAACAACACCAUUAGAACGCAAGGUUGUGCUUAAACUCUUAAAUAUGAACGCUAAACGUCUAGAUACCGAAGUAUACAAGGUCCCGGAAGGAUUUGCAAAAUAUACGAAGAAACAGUGGAAAGUCUCUUUCAUACUUCCAUUGGCACCGCUACCGAUGGUGGAUAUUGGGAAAUUUACGGAUCUUUCGGGGUGUGAGGUUUGUGGGAGUACGAAGGGAGCGAGUAGGUGUAGCGGAUGUCUGUCAGUGCUGUACUGUGGAACCAAAUGUCAAACAGAGGACUGGCCACGGCAUAAAGCAACUUGCAAAUCUCUCCAAGGCGGAACAUGGACAACAAUCACCUUCGGCCCCGCCUCUGCCGUCCCAAGUAUCGGAGGCCUGGACACCAACAAAACUCUCUACUCCACACUCAUGAACUUCAACGAGUCCACACACGGCUCCUCAUCCUCCCACAACCGAAUCAAAGAAGUCCAGCCAUCUGACAUACCCCCAAACGUCCACGGCUCCAAAGUCUUCCUCGCAAAGUUCCAAGUGUCGCUCUUCCAGUUUGGACCGCAGUCCCAUUUCUUGAUUUAUGAUCGCCAACGGAGCUUUCAGAUAUUUUGGAAGGCAAAGGAGGAUAUGGAGGCGUUCCAGGUGGCGAUGAAGGCCCUCGGGGACGAGUUGAAGAUGUACAGAUUCGUGAAGCGCACGGGGGAUUAUUCCAUGAGUGUCUGCUUUGAUAGACCGCCGGCGGAGAAUCCCCCGUGGUAG